UGGUUUCAGGUAGAGAGUAUUAGGGAACCCAAGGGGAAUAGUGAAAGACGAGUGUCAGUAAAAGUGCGUCCAGUGUCAGUGAUUUCCUUCAUUCUUGGUACAUUAUUCGUUGUCUGUAUCAUAAUGCAUUGCGCGAAGGACUUUGAGCAUUUCGAUCCUAUUUCGAAAAGCAUUAAGGAGAUCAAUACUCUCUUGCAGCAGAGUGUGAUUGAUAAUCAGUUGGAAGAAUUGAAGAAACUGUUGAAACGAGGCAUCGAUCCGUUUUUCAAGAACAAUUAUGGAGAUUCUGUUUUACACAUAGCCGCCAAGAGUAAGAAUCCUCAAACUGUCGAAGUCAUUUUAAAGUUUUACGAUAGCUCAAAUCGAAAGAUAUUGAUGGACACCCAAACAAUCGAUAAACAAGACACGGCAUUACACAUCGCUUCGCGUAAUGGAUGCUACGAGAGCGUCAUUUGUUUACUGUCAUACGGUGCGAAUUUUGCUAUUGAGAACGAGGAUGGCAAGCGACCGAUCCACCUUGCCACAAACGACAAAAUCAUAAAAAUUUUCACCGACAUCGAAAACGAUUUUAAAUUAGCUAUUGCAGGCCAAUUUAAGGAGCUUCAGAAUAAAUUGGCAAUGUAUUCGCAAGAAGAAUUGUCGGCCGCGGCUUACGCGCGCAAUGGCGAUCACAUGACGUCGUUGCAAAUGGCAGUGAUCAAUUGUCAUUGUAACACUGUGCGCGUAAUCGUUCAUGCAAGAGUGACACGGCUUCGAAGUUAUCACUAUGAUAUUGAUACUGACGAGAUGAUUAUUGAAAUAAAAGAGCUCAUCGAUCAAGGAUAUUGGUGCAUUAAGUAUGCAUCAGUACUUAUACUGGAUCUGGAGGAGAUACAGGUGUUAGGUGCUAACAUGUUGCUUCAGGAAGUUGUUAAAAUUCUUUCGAAAGCCUUCAAUAUAGCUAGGAUCGCUGAGCGCGUUUUCAAACCUGACAACGGUGAUCUCUAUGAACCGUCAGGAUUACUUGCUGUUGUCGAUGAGAUGAUUCAAGUAUUAGAGUUCCAAAAUUUUUUCAUGGUUGAUGGUGAUGGUAUGCAUAUUCGUCGAGUAGCAGGUAAAGCCAGAUUCUGCCAAAUGCUAUGCAUUCGCGACAAAGAUGAUUUGAAUAGCGAUGAGUUCGAAGACGACGAAAAGGUACUAUCAUUCAUUGCAAUUCUUCAAAUAGCAAUAACCAGAAACAUUGCUCGUUUUAUGGGUAGGAUCUUCACCGUUAAGUUAAUUGAAGCAGCAAGAAAAAAUGAUUUAGAAACGUUCGAUAAAUACAUUGACGAGCAAUUCAUCGAUGUAAACUUUGGCUCGAAACGUGAUGAUAAUCGGACAUGUUUGCAUUACGCUGCCGAAAAUGGCAACGUACAAAUGGCCCUUAAGUUGCUGAAGAGAAGAGCGCAUGUCUAUCUUUAUACCAAAUUGAAUGCCGAGACAGCGUUAUAUCAGGCCGCCAAGCAUGGUCAUGUAAAAAUCGUGAACAUGCUGUUGCAGAAAGAGUGCGAUAUAAAUAUAAGCCACUUAAAAACCAACAAGGAGGAAUGGACUCCCGUGCACAUUGCUGCGAAACUCGGCCGAUUGGAAGUACUGAGGUGUCUUCUAGAGCAUGGGGCAAUAUACGACUCGAAAGACGCAUCCGGUCAAACACCGUUAGACUUAUCUUCCAAUGUGCAGAUCAUUAAUUUUCUCAAAACUCUUGAUGAAUUAUUUUACAUGGCUGAAAGAGUCGAUCGUCACAUACCGACGAAAUUGAAAAGUCUAAGACACAUCGAUUUGGUGGCCGUUGGCAAAGCGCGCAACAGUAACGGACAUACACUUGCUCAAGUUGCCAGAGCUGCUGGUAAUGAUUGGAUCGCUAGCAAUAUUUUGCAACUAACUAAGAAAGAAAAUAAUCCAGAAUACGUAAACCUUGAUGAGAAUCUUGAGCUCGAGUCCAAUUCCAAUGGGAUGAUGAUGUAUUAUCUGUGGAAAGUAAUGUCGGCAUCACAGACGUAGAUAAUUGUUUGACUUCUCACUUUACGCACAAUAUUUAUCGAUAAAUGUGCUGAAUGGUUCUUCUUUUUUUAUCUAGCGCUGUUCCUACGGCAUUUCUUUUAAAUAAAUUAUUCCUACUCAA